UCAACACUUCGAUUUCUCUUCUAACAGGCAUUCAUAUUCUUUAGCAAAACAACACAUUGACCGUAACAUGCAGUCGACAUUAUUAUUGGUUUGGUUGGUCUGCUUCUGUGCGGCGGACUCUCCCAAUUACGACAACACACAUUUUUGCCCGAUACCAGAGAUGGCGCAGCAGGGGGCCACGGAGGAGCCGGAGAGCCAGCACCCGUGGCUGGUGCGCGUGGUGCACGCCCCUUCCAACGCCACAGACAUGGCCCCUCUCAUCUGCACCGGGGCUGUUCUCGCUGAUAGGGUAUACAUUACUGCUGCAAGAUGUAUCUUUAGUGCUAAAGCAGACUACACAACUGUAAUAUACUCAGGACAUCAACUGUCAGUGAAGGCGUUUGUAUUUCCGGCUCAACCGACUAACCAGAUGUUCGAUGACGUCGGGUUCAUCGUGAGCUGGUGGAAAAGGGAGAUUAAAUCUUUUCACACUAUUACGCUCGCUCUGGAGAGACGACUUGAUGACAAUUCGUUUGACUUUUUCGAUGACUUGGCUGUAAAUGACUCGACUCUCCUAGGAUUUAUUGCCUCGAAGGAUUCACCGAGCACUCACACCCUAUACCGACUGGACAACAUGCACGCCAGCAACGAGGUCUGCCACGAGCUGUACCCGAGCGGUGGGGGUGGGGGGGGCGCGUACCGCGUGCCGUGCGCGCACUCGUGCCGCGCCGCGGAGCAGCGCGCCGGCAGCGCCCCCUGCGGCCGCCUGCUGCUGGGCCUGGGCCACGUGCUGGUGGACCGCUCGGCGCGCUUGCUCGGGCUCGUCACCUGGUCGUGCGCCAACGCCCCGACAGCCAGGCGCCGCAGCCACGACAUGCCGCUACCUCUCGGCUUAGCACUUCCCAACACCAAAGCUUCACAACUCAACUAUGACUGUGCAAUAGCAAUAAGAAACUUGAAAGUGGAUUACGACAAACUGACACGUGGGACGCAUAAAAGUGCCUGUGAUAACAUUUAUAAUGCAGCUAUAAGUGGAUAGUUGGGAAACUUGGGACCCAAUAAAUUGACCUCUAUUAGUGAGACAAAACAUCUGUAUAACUGGGAUAAGUUUUCGAUUUUAUAGUUACAUCACAGAAUAUUAUAUAAUGUUACAUUUAACUCUAUUAUUAAGAAAUUACUGAGACAGUGUUUGAAAGAUUGUAAUUAUUCACUUAAUUCUUUGUUCACAAUAUUUCAGGAAUUUAUACUUAUCUGUAAUUAGGUAUCUGUAACUUGGAUUUUAUUAAAAAUCAAUAUUUAUUCAUAUUUUUAAAUAACAAGGAAAGGUACCCAACUAUCCCUCCGAUUUAAUUGAUUUUCAUACAUGUUAUAGAGUAGUUUAAAAUAAAGAGAAAUGGGAGUUGGGAGAAAUUGUCCUACAGAGUCCUGAAAAGUGACUAAGCCCAUAUUUGGUAAUUAAUCAAGUACCGAUUUCGGUAUUAUGUUACAGACACGUUACAGAACAUGAACGAAUAGUGGAUACGUGUUCUGUUUUUUCACCACUCAUAUUAUCCAUAAUUACUAAUAUUUUAAAUGGGAAAAUGUGUGUGUCUGUUUGUUUGUCCGUCUUUUACGGCAAAAUGGUGCAACGAAUUGACGUGAUUUUUUAAGUGGAGAUAGUUGAAGGGAUGAAGAGUGGCAUCGGCUACUUUUUGUCUCUUUCUAACGCGGGCGAAGCCGUGGGAAAAAGGUAGUUUUAUAUAAAUAACCGGCCGGGUGCGUUCCGUGUAUAGCUAGAGCAAUUAUUUUUAUUUUUGUGUAUUUACUAGCGGUGACAUGGUAUCGUACGGAAUCCAAAGUCACAUCAAAAAAAUUUAUAGUUUAAAAAACACUAGUAAAACACGCUUUUAUAUAUGCACUUAAAAGCCAAAAAUAAAUUAUGGAUCGUU